AUGACUGAACCGUUGGAGGAUACCACGGUCAGAAGCGAAGAGAAUGAUGACCAUUUGGACAAGAAAACGCUUUUUGUGAGAGCAAUUCCAAAAGAAGCCACUUCUGAAGACGUUUCCGAGUACUUCUCGCAAUUUGUGCCUGUAAAGCACGCGGUAGUGGUCACAGAUGAUGAGAAACAAUCAAGAGGAUUUGGAUUUGUCUCUUUCACGAUGGAGGAUGAUACCUUGACUGCAUUAGUCGAAUCUAAGAAAGUGAAAUUUCGUGAUAGAUUCCUCAGGGUGGAUAUUGCUAAGAGAAGAGACAGAAAGGGUAAAGAAGGCGCUGAGCCUCGGCAGAAAGAGGACCAUGCACUUCUAGUGGAAAAAAGGAAGGCUCGUUUAAUUAUAAGGAAUUUGCCUUGGUCAUGCAAGAGCGCAGAAACGCUCAAGAAACUAUUCCUGAAGUAUGGUGCUGUGCACGAUGCAUACAUUCCUAUGAAGAAGGGCGGAUUGAUGAAAGGGUUUGCCUUCGUAGUGAUGAAGAAAAAAGCUGCCGCUGAAAGAGCGGUCAAGGAAUCUGUUGGAUUAAAAAUCGACGGGAGGGAGGUUGCUGUCGACUUGGCCCUUGAGAAGUCCAAGUGGGAGCAAGUUCGUGAAGCCGAGGAGGAUAUGAAGAGUACGGGUAGAGAAAGAGAAAGUGGAAACGAGAUAAUCAAGGAAGAGGACGACACAGAAAUAAAAGAAGAGGAAAAUUCUGAGGUCGAUUCGGAAUCCGGCGAUGACGAUGAAGAAUUUGACGAACUCAAUGGUGACAAAGUCAAGGAAGAGGACGAGGACAUGGUUGAGGAUGAAGAAGAAGAGGAGGAGGAUGAAGAUAAAGAAAAGCAAAACAAGCAAGAAGCUUUCUCAAUCUUUGUCAGAAACAUCCCUUACGACGCCGACAAGGAUUCUUUAAAGACUCAUUUCAGUCAGUUUGGUCCCGUUAAGUACGCUUUACCUGUCAUUGACAAGGUUACUGGCCUCGCAAAAGGAUCUGCUUUUGUUGCUUUCAAAACGGAGGAGGGGUACACCUCCUGUCUUCUGAACGCUCCAUCAGUUUCCACAACCUCCAUGUUGAUUUCAGAUGACGUUCUGCCGAAAUACGUUUACCAGGGUCGUAUUCUUUCAAUUGUCUCCACAGUUGAUAGAAGCUCAGCAAGUAAGCUCGCAGAGAGAAACCUGCUUAAACGUAAAGAGUUGUACGGAAAAGAGGUCGGCGAUAAGGAUCGCAGAAACUUGUUUUUGCUUAAUGAAGGUCGUAUCACACAACACUCGAAGUUGGCUGAAAUUAUAUCCAAAACAGACAUGGAGGUGAGAGAGAAGUCAUACAAGUUGCGUGUGCAGCAGCUCAAUAAGAACCCCACGUUGCACUUAUCUCUCACAAGAUUAGCAAUCAGGAAUCUUCCGAGAGCCAUGACUUCCAAGGCCUUGAAGGCUUUGGGUCGUAAAGCUGUUGUCCAGUUUGCGACCGAGGUUAAGGACGGUAAGAGACAGCCAUUGUCAAAGGAGGAAAUCAGCCGUUCCACCAAAGCCAAACACGAAUUUGAAGAAGACAUCAAGGCAACAGAGGAUGCCGAGAAGAAGAAGAAAAAGGGCAAACACUCCGGUGUUGUUAAGCAGGCCAAGGUCAUCAUGGAAAUCAAGGGUACUGGCGAAGCUGGAAGAAGUAGAGGAUAUGGUUUCUUGGAAUUUAGAGAUCAUAAGUCUGCAUUAAUGGGUCUUCGUUGGUUGAAUGCUCACGAAGUCACGAACGAAGAAAUUAUGGCCGGCUUAGACGAAGAGGAACAGAAGAUUGCAAGCCUUGAGGGAGUUACCAAAAGACGCCUUAUAGUCGAGUUCGCCAUUGAAAACGCUCAAGUUGUGAAGAGAAGAAAGGAUAAGGUAUUUAUUGCCAGAAAUAACAAGAGGAAGAGAGAAGAGGGUGAAGAAGAGGACGUCGAGCAGAAUGAAGAGGGUCCCUCCUCUAAGAAGCAAAAGAAGGGCAAGAAAGGCAAGAAAGGUAACAUGAAGAAGGGACCAAAGAGUACCAAAUCAGAUGAGACGAAGGAAGAUGAGAAGAAGUCCAACAACAAAUCAGGACUUCCAGAGGAUGUUAAGCAAAUUAUCGGCAAGAAAAGAAAACUAAGGAAGGGGAAGAAGUAA